GCGUGGCCUAAGGCGCCAGGGCCGUCGGCCGCGGCAGCAGGGAGCUGGGAAGCCAGAAGCCCGGAGCGCGGGGCUCAGUUGGGGGGCGGCGGCGGCGGCGGCUCGGGGGAUGGCGGCGGCUGCGCUGCUGCUGCUGCUGCUGUUGCUGCUCGUGCCGGUGCCGCUGCUGCCGCUGCUGGCCCCGGGCCCCGGGGGGGCGCUGGGGAACCGGCACACGGUGUACUGGAACAGCUCCAACCAGCACCUGCGGCGAGAGGGCUACACGGUGCAGGUGAACGUGAACGACUACCUGGACAUCUACUGCCCGCACUACAACAGCUCGGGGCCGGGCGGCGGCGCGGAGCAGUACGUGCUGUACAUGGUGAGCCGCGCCGGCUACCGCUCCUGCAACGCCAGCCAGGGCUUCAAGCGCUGGGAGUGCAACCGGCCGCACGCGUCCCACAGCCCCAUCAAGUUCUCGGAGAAGUUCCAGCGCUACAGCGCCUUCUCUCUGGGCUACGAGUUCCACGCCGGCCACGAGUACUACUACAUCUCCACGCCCACCCACAACCUGCACUGGAAGUGUCUGAGGAUGAAGGUGUUCGUCUGCUGCGCCUCCACAUCGCAUUCCGGGGAGAAGCCGGUCCCCACUCUCCCCCAGUUCACCAUGGGCCCCAAUGUGAAGAUCAACGUGCUGGAAGACUUUGAGGGCGAGAACCCCCAGGUGCCCAAGCUGGAGAAGAGCAUCAGCGGGACCAGCCCCAAGCGGGAGCACCUGCCCCUGGCGGUGGGCAUCGCCUUCUUCCUCAUGACGCUCUUGGCCUCCUAGCUCGGCUCCCUCCCUUGAUGGGGGGAGAUGGGGCGGGGGGCGGGCCCAAACAGGGAGACUUUGGCCUCUCCGAGGGAAGCCACGCCCAGAGGCCUAGACCUCCUCCAGUGGCUGAACGUGGGGUCUGCACCAUACAUCUGUGCCCAUCCCUUCUGCCCCCUCCCUCCACGUGUCACUAGUGGGCCAGGCACAGGGACAGCCAUGGGUCCCGGUGGCCUUACGGCUUGGGUAAUGUUUGGUACCAGACUGGGGGGGCCAUAAAAGGUAGUGCUCAGGACUCCCUGACCCCUGGUGCCCUCCUCUUUUGUUCCCCCAGUGAGACCAAUAUGCCCCAAAGAGAGCCAAUUGAAGCGUGGGAGACACCCCCACCCCUCUCCUCCAGGGGCAGAACACAGGGAGGGGACUCGAUGGGCGAGGGGGUGGCCUCAGCCGCUGCCCCCUUCCCCUGUUUACAGCAAUAAGCACGUCCUCCUCCCCCCACGCCCACCCCCAGGACUGUGGUUUGGAUGGAAUCCAAGUUUACAAGUAGACACCCCUGGGGGGGUGGGCCGUGGACAAGGGUGACAAGGGGUGGGCCCUGGGGUGCCAGGCAGGCAUGUACAGCUCUAUAUCUCUAUAUAUAAUGUACAGACAGACAGAGUCCCUCCCCUCCGCACCCCCCUGACCUUCCUUGACGUCCCCUUCCAACUUCAGACCCCUUCCCCACCAGGCUAGGCCCCCCCACUGGGGGCCCCCCUGGCCCCUCUUUUGUCUUCUGUGAAGACAAGACCUAUGCAACGCACAGACACUUUUGGAGACCGUGAGACAACAGCGCCCUCCCCCUCCAGCCCU